AUGGUCAACGACGAGGGGAUCGACACUGCAAAGCGCAAGACCAAGUUCAAGCAGCAGCUGACCAGUUACAAGAAGAAGCUGGAAUCUGUAGUAGAGUCUUACAACAAGCUGUGCGCUUCGGGCACUUUCCUGCGCAGGCCGGCGGACAGCGCGGCAAUCAUCGCCGCAGCCGGGGCGUGCAUCACGCGCGUGCACCAGCAGCCCGCCACGAGCAGCGCCUGCCGGCCCUCCGCGGGCAGUGCCACCGGCGCGCCGCCGCAGCCGCCGGGCAGCGAGUUCCCCUGGGUGGACGAGUAUGGCCCCAACGAGGCACCCGAUGCAGCAUUCAGGGGGCUGGGGUUCAAGGAGGCGAUGCGUGUUGCGGAUGCAUGGCAGCGGAGGCGGCGGCUGGCAGAAGAGCAAAUCCUGCUCAAGCGGGAAAUGUACCAAACGCACGCCUCUUGCACCGCCAGCUUGGCCACUGUGCGGGCACGCCGCAGCGCUCUGGCGACCCAGUGCGCCACCCAGCAAGGCGGGGCCACCGGCUCGCCACCAGCUGGUGUGGGCGUGCUGCAGCUCUCCGGCGCAGCUGCGGCGUUGUCUAGUGCUGGUGUGCUUGGCGGCGGCGGCGGCGGCGGCGGCGGCGGCGGCGGCGGCUACCGGCUGGCCCGCGUGACGCAGCUCACGGCACGCGGUAUGCUGGCUUUGCUGGCUGAGGCCGAGGUGUACCACCAGCGCCUUGCCGACCAGGCGGGCCACGUGGGCGAUGGGAUUUUGCGGGAGGGCCGGCGGCUUGCAGCCGUGAGGGAGUAG